AUGGCUUUACCAACUGCCCCCAGUUCUGCAAGUUCCGGCAUUAGGAGAGGUGCAUGGGGCAAGGAGGAAGACAACUUGCUUAGGAAAUGCGUGGAGAUGUACGGAGAGGGAAACUGGCACCUUGUUCCCAACAGAAUAGGGCUCAAAAGGUGUCGUAGAAGUUGCUGGCUGAGGUGGCUCAACUAUCUGAGUCCAAGCAUCAAGCGUGGUCCGUUUUCAGCCGAUGAAGAGGACCUGAUAAUCAGAAUGCAACGGCUACUCGGAAACAGAUGGUCAUUGAUUGCGGGAAGACUGCCUGGAAGGACGGCGAACAACGUCAAGAAUUACUGGAAUUCUUGCCUGGCCAAAAAGGUUUCAGCGAAAACAGCUGCAACGGAGCUCCCAGCAGCUCCUCCACCUCGCACGGUUGUCUACAGGCCGCAAGCUCACAGAGUCUCCAUGAGAAUGCGUGAGUUGCUGCGUGAGACGUAUUCACUAUGGGAUCGACGAAGCAUCAACCCUCCGAGCUCUUCGCAGCCGCUGGACGGCGCGAAGAUGGCAGACCAAUUACCAGUUGCGGCAGACGGGUUACUAGUUGCUGCAGAGCCGUCGAGCUCCAGUCUGCCAUGGCUGAAGAAGGCGAGUUCGCACUAG